UUUCCACCUACCCUUCCGCCAGCUGAUGUAGUUAUUGGCAGCCACAUUAUUCCACCUCACUGAGUUAUUGGUGGAUUUUUCUGUUUGUGUUUUUGUACGUCCGCGUUGUGUGUGUGUGUGUGUGUUUGUGUGUGUGUGUGUUUACAUGUGAAUGUGUGUGUGUGUACACCGAUGUGUGCAUUUCUAUUUUUACUUCAUUGAUAUUUUGCUCUGUCACCACCCACCCCACCCCUGGCUCAGACUGGGGACCAUGUUCUCCUCUUCCUCCAAAGCCUCACUUGCCUCCCCCUGGAGUUCCAUGGAGCAGACCGACACGGACGUGCUGGACAUCAGCACCAAGGUGCAGCUUUAUGGGGUGUUGUGGAAGAGGCCGUUCGGACGUCCCUCUGCCAAGUGGUCUCGCAGGUUUUUCAUGAUCAAGGACAGCUUCCUGCUGUACUAUGCUGAAAAUGAAAAAAGGAACUUCGAGACAAACAAAUACUUCAACAUCCAUCCCAAAGGAGUGAUUCCGCUAGGAGGAUGUGUAGUAACCGGAAGGGAAGACCAGGGAAUGCCUUUUGCCUUGGUGAUUAACCAUGAGGAUUUCACGGGUAACAUCGUCCUGGCGGCAGAGUCUGAGGCCGAGCAGAACCAAUGGCUGGAGAUGCUGCAGGAGUCUGGCAAAGUUACCUGGAAGAAUGCCCAGCUGGGUGAAGCCAUGAUUGAGAGUCUGGAGGCCCAAGGGCUCCAGCUGGCCAAGGAGAAACAAGAGUACUUGGAUAAACUAAUGGAGGAGACAGAAGAACUUAGCCUGCAAAGGGAGCAGAAGGAGGAGCUUGAGCGACUAAACCAGGUUCUAGAAGAGGAGAAGCAGAAGUUUGAAGAGGUUGUGCUAGAACUGAGAGCCGAGCAAGAACAGAUCAAAUUGGACUUGGAUGGAACAGCUCAGUCCCUGAAGGGAGUAGAGAGUGAGAAGGAAGAACUCCAUAGUCUGAGCACUCUCCUGCAACAGUCCCUUGAGGAACUGUCCCUGGAGAAACAGCGCACUCUGGAGCUCCUGCAGAAGCAAGAGGCUGGAGAGGAGGAGAAAAGGGGGAGGCCAGAAAAUGAGGCCCAGAACGCCUCACCAGAGCCUGGGGGGGAGGACACGGGAGGGCUCCCCGAACACACAAGCCAGCUCCAGGCCAACCUGUGCCUGAUCGAGGAGCAGAUGAAAAGCCUGCAGAAAGAGAAGGAGCAAGCAGAGGACAGGCUAAAGGAGAACGAGCAACGUGCCUCAGUGCUGCAGGAGGAACGCGAGUACUACUCGACUCAGGCGCGGACACUGCAGCAGUCUUUGGCGCAGCUCAAUGCAGACAAGCAGCAGACAGAGGCCGAGCUGAAGGUGGAGAUCGAGUCUCGCAUGGAGCUGGAGAGCAGGCUGAAGCUGGCCGAGGAGGCGCUGCAGAGGCUGGAGCAGGGCCUGGGCUCCCUGGAGGCCACGCACGAGCGCAACGAGAGGAUGCGAGGAGAUGUCAGCCAUCUGAAGAAGUUUUUUGAGGAGUGCAUCUGUGCAGCAGAAAUAGAGGCCAAGCUGCCGUCCAUCAUGAAGAACGCAGUGUAUCUCCACAGAGCUGCUGCUCGCCGCAUCAAGAGCUGUCGUGUGCAGAGGAGAGCCUCCAGACAACACUGGCUGAAGCACUCCCAGUCAUUUGUCCAUUCAUCGGACCAGAGCCCAAGUAUGGAGGACCUGCGAGAGACUGCCCGCCGACUCACCUCCGACAGCUGCUUCAGACAGAAGGUCUACCAGAUCAUAGCUCGCCAAGACUCUUAAAUCUGAGGACUCACUCAUAGGAGGAGACAGAAAGAGAGAGAGAGAGAGAGAGAGAGAGAGGCAGGGAGAUAAACAGUGGCUUAUCUCCACUGAUACUUGACUCUGGUGAUGACUGGUGUGGUUUGAUUUGAGUGGUAUGGCUAGACUCCCUCUAUCCAUCAGAUCCAAGAAUGUAAGGAAUAUAUUCAAUAGAAUGUGAUGGCUAACAACUGAACUAUGGAUCUGGAUUAAGAUAUAGUGGCUAUAAUGCACAGUGAAUUCCACAAUGACGGGGAGAUAUAUUCAUUUUUGACCCUUAGAAAUAUUUGUAUUAAUUGUUUACCUUUUCAAAUUAAAACAAAUAAUCUUGAAAGCACCCAAUGCUCAAAACAACUAGACUGUCAAAUAACAGUCUCUGAAAUAAUUCUCAUUUAUUUUUCUAGAACCCUGCUUGAUUCAGAAUGUGGAUUGAAGUCAUGGAGACAUCAAAGCUGUACAAAAAUAUCUAGCUUUAUAACAAAAAUCCUAUUUGGAGACCUAUGAUUUAAUUGUUUUGAGUGACUUCUCCUUAUAGACACCAGACAGACACAACAUUACCUCAUGAAAGACAAGUCUCUUUAUUUUGUUCGGCACUGUAUAUUAAUAUACUGUUCAGCAUGUUCUACAAAAUUGCAUUUAAGUGUCGGUGCUGACUGAAAUGGCAGCUUACCCUGCAUAUUCUUGGUUGUGAACUUUCCCUGUUCUCUAAUAUGUUGCUAAGGGACUGGUAGAUGGUCAAUUUUAUGGCGAAAUCAGUAUGGAUUUUACAGUAUUCUCCUGUUGAAAACUAUUAGUGUUAAAGAUUAAACUGAAGGUAUGACGGUGUGGUGAUUUCUAUUGUCAUUGUACUGAUUAACUUUUUCUCUAAGUGUUAUUAAAGCUUUAGUCUAAACCA